AUGUGGCGCGAAGAUCGUACAAAAACUCAUAUUCCUGUUGUUAUUGUUCAUAUAGCGUCUCUAAGCAAUCGAUUAGCAGCUGCUUCAACGUUCAAUCGUUAUAUUUACAAAAAUGUUUUACUUGAUUCGAAUAUAAUUAGUUUUACCGAAACAGAUAUUCUACCAACAUUCGUAUUCGUUGAAAUUUAUUUCGAUACAAACACUCGGAAAUCUUAUCACCUUGUUACUCUGAUGAGAACAUUCGCAGGAAAUGUUAGAACCAGUAUUUUACCAUCCAAUCGUUGUUAUCAAAUAGAUGAAUUAUUAGAUUCAUCGAUUAUGUCGUUAUCGUAUAUCAAACGUAUCAAAUACUAUAAUCGUCCCUGUGAUAUUCUUGAUGUUCGAUGUUUCUACGAUGAAUUUCACGUUUGUCUUUGUGAUAAUAAUGCUUUUCUUGAUUGUGUUCAAUUUGAUCAUUCAGAGAGUUCUUGUCCAACUGACGAGAUAACUUGUUUGAAUGAUGGUCGAUGUUAUCAACCAAUGCAAACAACGAUCAAUUUCGAAUUUGCUUGUGUUUGUCCGCGUUGUUACUUCGGAGAUCGAUGUCAGUUCACAAUGACUAAAUACACCAUUUCUUUAGACGCUCUGCUCGCUCAACAUAUUCUUAUUGGCAGAUCACUCUCGGAACAAUUACCACUUAUUCAUUGGAUGGUGGUCAUUGUUGUAAUUCUUGUUGUUGUCGGCUUCCUUACUAAUGGACUUUGUAUUCUUACAUUCGCACAAAGAACGACACGUAAAUUAGGAUGUGGAUGGUAUUUGUUGAUUACUUCGAUUGUGAGUGAGUUGGGAAUCGUUAUUUUUGGAAUAAGAUUUGCCUAUCUUUUACAAAUACGAUUGAAUUCGUUUGGUACAACGAACAAAACAUUCUUGUCACUAUCCUGUAUUUUAUUGGAAUUUUUCUUAUCGAUUUUACCAACGAUUAACGAUUGGUUAAGCACUUGCGUUACAGUGGAAAGAACAAUCAUAGCUGCGCAUGGUGUAAAAUUCAACAGAAGGAAAAGUGUUUAUUAUGCGAAGAUUGUUAUUCUAAUUGUUGUAGUGAUAAAUGUUGUGAGUGCGUUGCAUAAACCGUUUCAUCACCGUUUAGUCAUCGACUCCCAGCAUGGAAAUGACGUAUUCGUGUGUGUUGCUAAUCAUUCUCAACAACAAUGGAUGAGCUUAUAUGAGAUUAUUAUCAAUUUAUUUCAUUUGAUUGUUCCGUUCGGUAUUAAUUUCAUUUCAAUAUUUGUUUUGAUAAUAAUUCUCGUGCGUCGUAAAUUGGUAUUAAGUGAUAUGAGAGCAAAACUGAGUCCGUUUGAAAUUUUACGCGAGCAACUCUCUUUAUAUAAAGCAUUUCUUCUUAGUCCAUUUAUUUUAAUUCUACUCGAAGCGCCACGUCUCGCUUUUCUAUUUGCUUUUGCUUGUGUUGAAAUUCAAUGGCAAAAACAUCUAUUUCUGACAUCGUACAUCAUUUCAUCAUUACCAAUGGCGUUGACGUUGUUCAUAUUCGUUUUACCAAAAGAUUCGUAUAAAAAUGAACUUAUACGAAUAUUGCAAAACUUUCUGAAACGCUUCUUUAAUAAAUAA